AUGGCAAAGCGAAAUCGCUGGGACUCGGACUCGGACGAGGCUGAUACAUGUGUCUCCUCCCGCCGCAAACGCUCCGUUUCCAAUCCAAGCAAAUCCCUCACUACCUCCACUAAUACUUUGUCGUUAGACAGAAACAAUAACGGUGCGCUACAUCCGUCUAUGAGCGAAGAAAUCACCGAUACAAAUAAUUGUCCACGACAUAAUUUCUACCUUUUAGGCUGUCGUAGUGUCGAUUGCUACGCGCGGAUUGGAAAAAUUGAUGAAGGAACGUAUGGUGUUGUAUCAAAAGCUCAAGAUAAAGAAACGGGUAAUGUAGUUGCACUAAAACAGGUUAAAAUGAGUGCUGAUGCUAGCCAGGAAGGCUUUCCUAUUACGGCAAUGCGUGAGACGAACGUGCUGCUGGCUCUAGACCAUCCAAAUAUUGUUCAAGUACGAGAAAUGGUCGUGGGAUCUACGCCUGAUAAGAUUUAUAUGGUGAUGGACUAUGCUGAAAAUGAUUUAAAGCACGUGAUGCAGACCAAGAUGAAGGCUCCAUGGCUCCAAUCGGAAGUCAAAUACCUCUUGCAUUCACUGUUGAGUGCUAUGGCUUAUAUGCACGAUCGAUGGUACAUUCAUCGGGAUCUUAAAACUAGCAACUUGUUGUAUGAUGCACAUGGAGUAUUAAAGGUCUGUGAUUUUGGACUAGCACGCAAAUACGGCUCACCACUGAGAACGUACACACAGCUAGUCGUGACGCUGUGGUAUCGUUCUCCCGAGCUCCUACUUGGUGCAAAAAAGUAUUCGACAGCGGUCGAUAUGUGGUCAGUUGGAUGUAUUUUUGCCGAAAUGCUGCUCAUGAAGCCACUGUUUGCAGGUCGUGGGGAACUCGACCAAACAAACCAGAUUUUCAAGUUGCUAGGAGCACCUAACGAGCAGAAUUGGCCUGGGGUCGAUGAAGAUGUGCCGGAUGCAAACGUUAGCGUUCGUGGAAAGUGGCCAAAGUACUCUCGACUACGUGACAAGUUUCCACUCGCUGCGACUUUUUCGGGCAGCGGAUGUUCACUGUCGAAAGCAGGAUUCGAUCUGUUAAGUCGAAUGCUAGCUCUCAGUCCACGCAAACGCAUUUCAGCCAAGGAUGCCCUGGCACACGAAUACUUUCUAGAGUCCCCUCCGCCCAAGCAAAAGGAGCUAAUGCCGACAUUUCCGGCAUAG